AUGGCGUGGAACCCGGACCCAGCAUUACUAACGGUCCGCCCUGCCUCACAUAACGCAUCCCAGUCCAUCGAUGGCGAUACUCUGCGUCCGCGGGCGGACUCAUUUGCCUCUUCUUCUGCUGAUACUAUGGUCCAUCCGCGAAAGAACUCGGAUGUAGAUCAUUUACAUGUUGCCAAAGCUGGCUAUGAUGAUGUAUCGCUGUCAGAUGCCCUCAGGCCAGAUCCACGCAACGAGAGUGAUUUCCAGGUGGAAGACAACCGCUUUGCCUUCUCUCCAGGUCAGCUCAACAAGAUGCAGAACCCUAAGUCCUUGGCUGCAUUCUAUGCGCUGGGUGGCUUGCAAGGUUUGGAGCGUGGUCUACGCACGGAUCUUGACGCUGGAUUAUCAAUAGACGAAGCCUCCCUUGAGGGGACUGUUGAUUUCCAGACUGUUGCACCUUCUGUUUCACACAACGCUGUGGAAAAAUCAUCGCUCAAGACUGAGGCGCCGGCGCUGGCACCGGUUUCAUCUGGCAGUGGCUCACCUUAUGAAGAUCGCGUUCGUGUCUUCAGUCAGAAUAAACUGCCUGCUCGGAAGUCGAACGGGUUUUUUAAACUGUUUUGGAUUGCAUAUAACGACAAGAUUAUUAUAUUAUUGACUAUUGCCGCCGUGGUCUCCCUGUCGCUCGGUAUCUACGAGACCGUUGAUGCUGGUUCCGGUGUCGACUGGGUGGAAGGUGUAGCCAUCUGUGUGGCAAUCCUCAUUGUCACUGUGGUCACGGCUGCAAACGACUGGCAAAAGGAGAGACAGUUUGCCAAGCUCAACAAGCGAAACGAUGACCGCGAAGUCAAAGUGGUCCGCUCAGGCAAAUCUUCUAUGCUUUCUGUCUAUGAUCUCAUGGUCGGUGACGUUCUUCAUCUGGAAGCAGGUGAUUCCAUUCCGGCAGAUGGCGUUCUCAUCACAGGCCAUGGUGUCAAGUGUGAUGAAUCCUCUGCUACGGGUGAGUCUGAUCAGAUGAAGAAGACACCUGGCCAUGAGGUCUGGCAGCAGAUUGUCGCUGGCAAGGCAACUAAGAAACUCGACCCAUUCUUGAUAUCUGGUAGCAACGUUCUUGAGGGCGUUGGAACUUACCUGGUCACCAGUGUUGGUCCAUACUCUACCUACGGUCGGAUCUUACUUUCCUUGCAGACACCCAACGAUCCCACACCACUUCAAGUGAAGCUGGGUAAGUUGGCUGAUUGGAUUGGAUAUCUCGGUACAGCGGCUGCUGGUAUCUUGUUCUUUGUUUUGUUCUUCCGAUUUGUCGCGGAUCUUCCUAAGCACCCCGAGAUGAAUGGUGCUAUGAAGGGCAAAGAAUUUGUCGAUAUUCUCAUUGUCGCUGUGACGGUCAUUGUUGUCGCUAUUCCAGAGGGUCUUCCACUGGCGGUGACACUGGCAUUGGCUUUUGCUACUACGCGCAUGGUCAAAGAGAACAACCUUGUCCGCGUGCUUCGUGCUUGCGAGACCAUGGGAAAUGCCACCGUUAUCUGCUCCGACAAAACCGGCACACUUACACAGAACAAGAUGACUGUUGUCGCAGGGACUUGGGGGUCGGAUCGCGGCUUCAGCCAAAACGCCGAUGAAGAAGCUGUUGACUCGAAGAACACCAUUUCGGAAGUCUCUAAGCAAUUAUCAGCUCCAGUGCGCGAUUUGAUUGUCAAGGGCAUCGCUUUGAACUCGACUGCAUUUGAACAAAUCAAGGACGGAUACAACCAAUUCAUUGGUAGCAAGACUGAGGUCGCACUUCUCCAACUCGCUCGCGACUACAUGGGCAUGGAUCUUGCGUCUGAGCGCGGAUCUGCCGAGAUCGUGCAGUUGAUUCCUUUCGACUCCGCUAGGAAGUGUAUGGGUGUUGUGUACCGAGUUCCUGGCGUGGGCUACCGCCUCCUCGUCAAGGGUGCAUCUGAAUUGAUGGUGGCUGCUUGCACUUCUCAAAUCACCAACGUCGAUAUCUCUAAGGAGGCCAUCGAAGUUGAGCAGCUUUCUGAUGACCAGAUGCAUCGUGUUUUGGAAACGAUUAAUACCUAUGCCCAUCAGUCACUUCGCACAAUUGGCAUGGUGUACAAGGACUUCGCCAGCUGGCCUCCCGCGGAAGCCAUCAGCUCUGAUGAUUCUUCCUCCGCAGACUUCGACGCUGUCUUCCAUAGCAUGACUUGGGCUGGAGUUGUCGGCAUUCAGGAUCCACUCCGGCCUGAGGUCCCGCAGGCCAUUCGCAAGUGCCAUUCGGCAGGUGUCCAGGUCAAGAUGGUGACAGGUGAUAAUGUUGCCACUGCGACUGCAAUUGCCUCUUCCUGUGGAAUUAAGACAGAGGACGGACUAGUCAUGGAAGGACCUCAAUUCCGACGUCUGUCAGACGAGGAGAUGGACCAAGUCCUUCCGCGUCUGCAGGUACUAGCGCGAUCAUCUCCGGAGGAUAAGCGCAUCUUGGUUGCCCGACUCAAGACUCUCGGUGAAACUGUCGCUGUGACAGGCGAUGGUACCAACGAUGGACCAGCUUUGCGAACUGCAGAUGUUGGCUUCUCCAUGGGAAUUGCUGGUACUGAAGUCGCUAAGGAAGCAAGUUCAAUCAUCCUCCUUGACGAUAACUUCCGAUCCAUUGUCACUGCCAUUGCCUGGGGUCGAGCUGUCAACGAUGCUGUUGCGAAGUUCUUGCAGUUCCAAAUCACUGUUAACAUCACUGCGGUCGUGUUGACCUUUGUCUCAUCUGUUGUGAGUAGUGAUAACCAAAGCGUUUUGAGUGCAGUCCAGCUUCUUUGGGUGAACUUGAUUAUGGACACCUUUGCUGCUCUUGCCUUGGCUACUGAUGCACCCACGGAGAAGAUUCUCGACCGCAAGCCUGUUCCCAAGCACGCUUCCCUGUUCACAUUGACUAUGUGGAAGAUGAUUCUUGGUCAGGCAGUAUACCAGCUGGCUAUCACGUUUAUGUUAUACUUUGCAGGAGACAAACUUCUUGGCGCGCAUCUCAGCUCCGAGCCCGCUCUUCGCGAGAAAGAACUGUCAACCGUCGUCUUCAACACCUUUGUGUGGAUGCAGAUCUUCAACGAGUUCAACAACCGUCGCCUCGACAACAAGUUCAAUAUCUUCGAAGGCAUGUUCCGCAACUACUGGUUCCUUGGGAUCAACGCCAUCAUGGUCGGUGGUCAGGUCAUGAUCAUCUAUGUCGGCGGCCAGGCAUUUGGUGUGACUCGCUUGAGUGCCACCCUCUGGGGUAUCUGUAUCGUUUGCGCUAUUGCCUGUCUACCGUGGGCUAUCGUCCUCCGUCUCAUUCCCGACCGCCACUUCGGCGUUGUCUUCAACGCCGUUGUUGGUGCCAUGUCAGUGGUUUUGCGACCGCUCGCCCGCGGUUGCAAAGCCGUUGGACAUGGUAUCAAGGCCUUCUUCCGGCCUGUAAAGCGCUUCACUCGUCGUCUUCUUCCUAAGAAGACGUCCGUAGACGAGAACUCGGACUCGGACUCGUCAGUCGAACAGCCUAAGUCUGCAGAUGCUGCAGACUGCGAAGGGCAACUUGAACUCCGUGAUCAGAAGUCUCCUCAACGCCCUGUCACCCCUCCUUCUAUUGUGGUGCCACCUAUCACCAUCACGACCUCUCCUUGA